AUGACUGUCGUCGAGAUCCGCAACCGACUUUUACACGCCGAAGAACCUCUGCUGCACUCUAUCAUUGAAGGCGUUCCUGCACUCGAACGAUUCAAAGACUCUUGGUCAACGCUCUUAGACUCCUUGAAAACCCAAGAAUUAGAUGAAGACACCUCGGCCCUUGCGCAUGCCACUGCAAGCCGCAUUGAAGUCUUGGCUUCAGCAUUCUUGAAAGUUGAAACCGAAUCAAACAGCUUUCAGUCAAGUUUCUUGUCUGACCUCGAUGGACUUUUUGCGCAAAUGAGCCUGAGCAGUCACAGAGCCUCUCCAUCAGAGGCGCCUCCACUGGAACCAACGUCGACAUCUUCUCCCCCUCACAUCGCCCCCGCGUACAAAUGGUUACUCAAGAACAUUUGCAAUCCAUACCCAACGAAGGAAACGAAGGAACUUAUAUCCCGUGCGACUGGGACCUCUCUUCAAAACAUAGACGCUUGGUUUCUCAAUGCUCGCCGCCGCAUUGGUUGGACGAGCAUCUCGAAGAAAUAUUUCAGUGGCUCAAAGGUGGAUACGGUUGCCGCGGCCUUCCGUGCCCUCUCCGACGAUCCUAAGCUGCCAAUCAGCAAUGAAGAACGCAGACCGCUUCCGGCUAAUAUACGAAUGGCCUUUGUUGAGAUGGAAAAUGCAGCGAAGGAGCUGUAUUUAGAAAAAUAUACGAAGAGUGAGCUCGCGGGGACUUUGGAUAGAAUGGUAAAAGACAUGACGGAUAGCGAUAGGAAGAGACGAAGGGAGGAGAGGAAGAGAGAGAAAGCUCUGGAAAAACUAAAAUCGGAACGCGAACGAGAGGAUAAGCGGAGCCGGGACGCGCAAAGAAGGUGGAAGGAGGUGGAGCAAAGUUACCCAUCCCCCUCACCCAAACCAGAGUCACCGAAGCGCAGAUUCGAGACACCAAGUUCCGUGGAUAGUGAAGAGGAGGACCUGACGCCACUGCCUAUCGCGGGCCGUAAACGCGCAUCGACAGAAGAUUCAAGUGACGACACACAAGUAGCGGACGAGCGACCAGCAAAGAGAUCUCGAAUACUUUCAUCGUCAAGUUCAUGCUCAUCGGUGGAUACGUUCUACUCUGCCAGUCGGCAAAACAGCCCUGAUCCGUUCCCGCUAUCCCCUUCAUCAACUGCCUGUUCUACACCGCCUCCUUCAACUCCUUCCGGAGAUACUUCAACUUCCCUUCCUCAGCAGGACGCUUCACCUAAACGGAAGCGCAGAUUCUCCGACCCUGAUGCGGAGCCGAGACCCAAGCGUCCUAUACCACUGGUCAGACCUAGGUCGCAGGUUGUUUCAGACCCUCUCCCCAAAUCUGGCUCAUCGGCGUCAUGUUUGACUUCAUCACCCUCUCCCGUAGAUGAACCCGCCGUUCUCGACUGGUCUCAGUUCUUCGACCAACAUUUCAUGGCGGUCACCGAUGAAGUAGCUACUACUGGUCCCAUCAAAAUGGAUAUGUUCGAUUAUUCUCAGUUCGCCGACUACGUAUCCAGUGGCGAGACGAGCGAUGGAACUGAUUGGGAGGCACAGGGUGAGCCUUUCAAAAGCAAAGGUCUACCGGACCCAAUAUCGCAAUCAUCUAGUCCAGCGAUACACAUCCCUUCACUCAGCACCUUUACCGAUUUCGAUCUACCGGCUCCUGUUUCGGUUCUUCCUGAGUUCGAAUUGGACUUCUGCGCGACGAUGGGUUGGCCCUACGUUGGCACCAUCCCAAGCAAGCCCACCUCGACUGGCUCUGCGCUCGAGGAUACUGAACUCAACAAAUUAGAUGGGCUGUCGUCUUUGGCGACGCUUCCACUAUAUGCACCUGGACUUUCUUCGGCCUCAGAAGCAUCCUGCUCCAACGAAGGAGGUUUUGACAUAGAUUGGUCUUCGAUUAUCCCCCACACGAUUCCUCCUACGCAGCCUGUCGUAUCCUCUUUGCUCACCCCGGCUACUGUUGCACAUACGAUUAAUCCCUCGGCUUACCCCGGAGGCAGUGCAGAGUCGAGAGCAGAGAAGCUACGGAAAUAUCAGGAACAUCUAGCACAGGCUAGGCGAUUGCAGGAAGAGUUGGCGUUCGUAUAA